AGAGCUACUAUCAGACAUCUGCACUCGCUGAACAUGCAUAAACUAAGAGGCUGCCAGGCAGCCUUGAAGGGACUCUCCAGCUGUUUCCCCACUGCAGCCAGCUUUCACCUGGGAGGUGGGGCAAUAUCUCAGCAGAUGUUCUUUAAAUCCCGAAACACAGACAUCCCAGAGAUCCCAGAGAUGCCACCAUGCAGUUUCAAACCGGAGGAGUACAAGGGUAUGUCCAAGGAGCAAAUGAUGAAGAUCCGCAACCAGAACGUCAACCCCAUGACUAUGAAGAUUACUUAUUAUAAGAGGCCAGUGUUCAUCCACCAGGGACACAUGCAGUGGCUGUGGGAUGUUGACGGGAAGAGAUAUUUGGAUUUAUUUGCUGGUGUGGCUACAGUUGGUGUGGGCCACUGCCACCCGAAAGUGAGAGCAGCGGCUGAGAAGCAGAUGAAGAAGUUGUGGCAUACCACUAACAUCUACGUCCAUCCAGCACUUCAGGAGUAUUGUGACAAAUUAGCCUCCUACCUGCCAGAUCCUCUCAAGGUGAUAUAUCUGACCAACAGCGGCUCAGAGGCCAAUGACCUGGCCAUGCUGAUGACUCGGCUCCAUACAGGAAACUUCGAUAUAAUCACAUUCAGAGGGUCGUAUCACGGCGGCACCCAGCAAAGCAUGGGUCUUACCUCCAAUUCAUCAUACAAAUAUCCCAUUGCAACAGGUGCAGGAUGCACAAAUACCAUGUGUCCUGACGUGUUCAGAGGUCCGUGGGGAGGAAGCCACUGCAGGGACUCUCCUGUACAGACCAUUAGAGAGUGUAGCUGCGCUCAAGGUCAUUGUGUUGCAAACGAACAAUAUAUUGCACAGCUCAAAGAGACAUUUGCUACUAGUCUUCCAAGCAGAAUCGCUGCUUUUUUUGCAGAGCCUAUUCAGGGAAUGGGAGGAGCUGUACAGUACCCUAAAAACUUCCUCAAGGAGGCUUACAAACUUGUACGAGAAAGAGGAGGACUCUGCAUCGCUGAUGAGGUCCAGACUGGAUUUGGGCGAACAGGAAGUCACUUUUGGGGUUUCCAAGGACAUGAAGUAAUGCCUGACGUGGUGACAAUGGCAAAGGGCAUUGGUAAUGGAUUCCCAAUAGGAGCAGUUGUUACAACACCAGAGAUCGCUGCUUCCUUUGCUCAACACUCCCACUUCAACACCUUUGGAGGAAGUCCUUUGGCCUGUGCAGUUGCUUCUUCUGUGAUUGAUACUAUAACAGAAGAGGGCCUGCAGCAGAACAGUCUGGAUGUGGGCACCUAUCUGAUGACGGGACUGUCAAAACUCAGAGACAAGUAUGAGAUCGUCGGUGAUGUCCGUGGAAAAGGCCUGCAGAUCGGUAUGGAAAUGGUCAAAGACAAGACCAGCAGAGACCCGCUGCCUCCUGAUGCCAUGAAUGGGAUGUUUGAAGACAUAAAGGAUAUGGGAGUCUUGAUCGGCAAAGGAGGAGUAUAUGGACAGACCUUUCGCAUCCAGCCUCCUUUGUGCAUCACCCGGGAAGAUGCAGACUUCUUCCUGGCAGUUUUCAACAAAGCCAUUCAGAAGUAUAUUGACAGAAAAUGAACAGGUCAGAGCUGGAACCCCGAAAAGGACUGAACAGAGAAGCCAUAACCCUCAUUCCUGCAAAUGAUUCACCCCAAACUUUUGACCUGUUGUGAAAUGUGGAAAAUUGAUUUUUUUCCUUACUCAAAACAUGUUAUAGUCACCUUGCACAGACGAACGCCUGUAUUUCCCAACAUGUUUGACGAAAACAAUGUACACUUUUACAAAUUGCAACAUGUUGCUUUACCGUCUCACCAAUAAAACAGCACAACUAAACUGCCGGAGGAUGUUUUCUUUAGACACAGCUAACAAGCAGUAUUACGUGUUAUGCUGCGUUCCAUUUACCUCGGAAGUCGGAACUCGGAAUGACGUCAUAGCCGAGUUAUCAGCGUUCCAGUUACAAAGUAGGUAAACAAGUUUGUAGUUCGCAUAUACCACAUGAAAAAUGUAAAUUACACUAUAGCAGCAUAUAUGCCGAACAAUACUUGUAUACGACUGAUUUAGUGUGACCAAAACUAGAAUGAAGUGCUACGAAUUUUUACAGAGCUCUCUUCUACUGUUUACAACCGGGGCAGCCAUCUUGGAAUGUGAACUCGGGGGUGGUGAAGACUUUCCCCCUUUCCCAGUGGGAAAUCCCAUUUCGAGGGGCGUUCCAGUUGAAAAUUCCGACUGGGAACUGGGAAAUUACGACUUCCGAGGACAAAUGGAACGCGGCAUUAGAUGAUGGAUCUAAGAAAAAAAAACUUAUUUCAAUAAUUACAAAGUGGUAUAAAUACCAACAUGCAGUAUCAUCUUUAUUAGUAAUACAUUUACAGAGAUGAAACCACAGAUAUUUGACACUUGGAGAUCGGUGUAACCUGAAAAAAUCCAUGUCCAUCUUGGGGAUUUCCAUUGCAAUGUGUAUACUGUCUAUGUUUCGUAAUUAUAUAUUUUUACUUUUUUACCCCUCCCCUGCAUGUGUGUGUCAAGUGUACUGCUGCUGAACAAAGUGAGUUUCCCCAUUGAGGGAGAA